AUGGCGACUAAUACUGACGGUAUCCACAUCGGACUCGAUCUCGGCACCUCAACUAUAAAGACCAGCGGCACAUACCUGAAACACGGCAAAUACCUGGUACCAUCGGAUAUUCUACUAGUACAGAAUCUCCGAAUGGUUCCUGCAGCGGCUGCUUAUCUCAAUGGUAAAUUCUACUGGGGUCAAGCCCUGAUGGACCUUGUCGCGAAGGGCGAUAUUCCAGUCGAGAAUGUCAUGCGGCACUACAAGGUGCUUCUGCAUGAACCUGAAACCGCGUGGGAUACCGAGAUGAGGAAUCGCCUCGUGCAUCAGCUUGCUGUGGCACAUGUUCCACUCGRGGACUUUUACGUCGACAUUUUCACCCACCUCGUGGCCGCAAUUCGCGAGCGCGUGUGCGAGAGCCAGAUCGGACAUGUUCUUGGGAAGCAUGAAGUCUUGACAGCGGCAAUCGCUGCUCGCAUUGCUUUGCCGCAGUCGUUCAGUUCAACAGCCGCGCGUAUAUUGACUGCUGCUGCUGGAAAGGCUGGAAUAGGUCUCGUUAACAUCACAUCGGAGCAGAUCUGUGCGCUAGCGGCGUACCUCGACAAUGUGAAAGGAGAGCUACCUUUCUCCGAAGGCGACGCUUUGAUCUUCGUGGAUGCCGGCUGCUUUACGGUGGAUAGCGUUCUGUACCUUCAUCGAGGUGGCCAGGGUUCCAAAGCCCUGUUCGAAGCUCUUGCCAAGUCUCAUGGCUCUAUCUUUGGGUCAUUGAAAGUAAACCUUCUUAUCAAAGCUAAGAUCGAGGCCAAUACCCCGGGAGGAAUGCAGAACCACUACACCAGACUAGGUCUGUCAGCCGAGAGCUUCAAUUUCCAGCUUCUGGAUGGCAUUGAGACCGCCAAGAAAAAGUUCAACCCUGAACUUCCAGACAAACACCUUCUCGAGACUAUCACUAUUUCCAACUAUACCACGGACGAGGAGUUCUCGUGCAGGGUCACCCAGAGAAUGGCCAGAGACGCGUUUGACGUCGUGUUCGACGAGAACUGCCAAGGUGUCGAUGCGCUGCUCCAGCAGCACGUGGAACUAGCUCGAAAGGCUAUAGACGACGCAGUAGCCGCUAAUGAUCCGGCACGUACGAAGGAGCUAGUCAAGAAGCAAAAGCUGGAGUACAUCGUCCUGUCUGGGGGUGGCUGCCAGUGUUCCUACAUGCGGAAGCGGUACAAGGGGCGCUAUAAUCGACAAGGAAUUACCAUCAUAUCUGUCGCAGACCAGAUGGAUGGAGACGCAAUUCAUGUUGCCAAGGGAGCCUUGUCCUCACGCUACGAUCGAAUCACGCCACAGCCAGUGCCACUAGGUCUCAACUAUGCGCUCUUAGAAGACCAGGUUUUCCAGUUCCCCGAGCAUCGCGACUGCUGGUACACAAAGGGUGGUAGACGCGUGGUCGACAAGAACAAGGUCCGCCGCCGCAUCCCUGGCUCCGCAUGCGCCGACCGCAUCGUCAUAGACCGACUCCGAUUCCUAGGACACAGCGUUCAAAUCCCCAACGACGUCAGACCCGUGGCUCAGAUAUUCUUCCCCAACGUCGCUGAUCGUGUAAUCAAGAUGAGAGCGGUCACCACUGAUCAGGACCAUCUCAAGGACAACGAUGCUGGAUUGAACGAUGACCACGAUAUCACAAAAGAUGAUAAUCAGCUUCGUGAGAGUGUCAAGGAGUGGACAACAGCGGAAUGGGUCCUUCCUAAGGACAUCAUGGAGUCUCAGGACUGGAAGGUAGUCAAGGACAUCAAUACUGGCCAUAAGCACUACCAACAUGUCAAGGUCACAUUCAAGAUCAUCAGAACGUCAGCUGGAAAUAUGACUGUCAAGGCAGAGCUCAUACUACCGAAAGGUCCGGAUGAGGGGAAGCACAUCGAACUGGAAGGCACUUUCGUCCUUCACGACCCACGUAUGUGUGAGUUCGUGUCCGACGCUGAUGCCGGUAGGCGCCCCCACAAAGGCGUCGAUGCGGACGGGGAUUCUCAGAUGGCUUGA